AUGGUCCGCAUUUUGAUUAGCACCCUCAGGACUGGGGGAACUGGGCUUUACCUCACUCCAACAAACAAAUGCAUAUUGGUCGAUCUGUGGUGGAAUGAAGCCAUUGAGCAUCAGGCACCGAGUCUUCAGAAACAAGUAACUAUUCCGAGAUCUCUGACGCCCCUUAGAGUGACUGAGACAUGGCUAAAGUUAUGCCGAGUCAACUGGAGUGCUUGUAUUUCGACUGCUGCUUGUCGCAACGGUCCCGUUUCGUCGGGCUCUGAUAUUCAUAAGAAUUCCAGACACGGUUUCGAGCAUGCUGAAUAA